GCCGGGAUUGCGCCGCGCAGGGAGGCAGCAGCAGCAGCAGCAGCAGACGGAGAGCGCGCGCCAGGCAGCCGCCGCCUGUGACCCGCCCCGUCCCUCCGGGCUGCUCCACCGCGCGCGCGCGCCCGCCCGCCUGUCCGUGCGCGUCCCGGUUGCCAGGGCGGCUUGGGAAGCAGACGCCGCAGCUCCGGCUCCUUUGGACUCGCCACCACCCGGAGAGCCGCUCGCCUGGCCCCCUCGACGGCCGCGGCCGCUUUUUCCCACGACUCGAGGGGUUCGCGGCGGCUUGCCCCGCCGGGCUUCUCCGGGGGCCAGGAUGCCCGCCGACCUGAUGGAGAAGAGUUCCUCGUCGCCCGUGGCCGCCACGCCGGCCAGCAUCCACGCCACGCCCGACAAGCCCCGCACGGCCUCGGACCACCGGAAGGUAACAGGCGGCGGGGCGUCGGGGGCCGCUCUUCUCCGCUCCCCUCCCCGUCUCCCCCUUCCUCCCUCCCUCCCUGCCUCCUUCCUGCGGGUCUGACGGGCGCUUGUCUCUUGCAGUCGUCCAAGCCCAUCAUGGAGAAGCGGCGGCGCGCGCGGAUCAACGAGAGCCUCGGGCAGCUCAAGACGCUCAUCCUGGACGCGCUCAAGAAGGACGUAAGUGGCCCCGAGAAAGGAACCUCCCGGGCUGCGGGUGGGGGGCAUCGCGGGAAAGGGUCUUGGAGCGCGGGCCCCGUCUCCGGCUCCCCCAGGCAGGCUGCGCAUUCAAGGAGACUGGACGCCCCCCAGCCCGGGAAGGCUGCGGGACGUCAUUCUCACCACCACCCUGGGAGGGGUGCCCUCCCCCCACUUCAAAAAGCCAGGAGCCCCAUGGCCUUCCAGGGUCCAAAGUCUUCCCAUGUCCCUGUUGCUAUUAUUAUUAUUAAUUAUUAUUAAAUAUCAAUUAAUUAAAUGUUCUUAAGUACUAUAUCUUAACACCCCGACGAUAAAUCCCACCCUCACAAUUAGUGGGGAUAACCUUGUGGACUUGCCUGGGGGUGACCUGCCAGCCCCCUUUUUCUGGGAAAAUGCCGACCAGCGUCUGCUGCCCUUCUGGGACCUGGGGGUGAGGGUCUUCCUUCGCUUUCCAGCUGAGAUUCAUCCCUCCUUUGAGCUCCUCCUGUGCCCAGACUCUCUCCCUCUCCCGCCCCCCCCCCCCAGCGUGUCGCCCCCUGGUGCUCACUCUCCCCCCCCCCCUUGCCUUGCAGAGCUCCCGGCACUCCAAGCUGGAGAAAGCGGACAUAUUAGAAAUGACAGUCAAGCAUUUGAGAAACCUGCAGCGAGCGCAGAUGACGGGUGAGUGGCUGGCCGGGCUGCGCGCGAGAGAGAGAGCGCGUGUCCCCCCCCUCCCUGCCCCCUCCCUCUCUCCCCCUCCCUCUCCAGAGGUGAUUUCUUCCAGACUUCCGCCUGCGGUUUUGAAUGCCAUUCAAGCUGUGUUUUACUGACUUGGCGAAGGCGGCCUUUCCCACGGUCUGGGUCUUAUUUAUAGCCGCAACUCCAAGUUGUUACUGUUCCGGAAAAGAGGUGGGGGGGGGGAGAGAGAGAGAAGGGAGAGGGUGGCAGCUUGCAGGCAGAGGAAAUGGGGACGGGAUAAUGAGAAGCAAACGGGACACAUCCUGCUGCUCCUGCUGUAGGAGGCGAGAGCCGCCGCCCCCCUCUCCUUGCUAAGGCUUCCCUUUGUUUAAAGCUGUGUGCAACCUUGGCAGGCAGCCUCUGAAUGGAGGGUGCUUCUGCGCUGCAGAGAUCUAUGCUCUUGAAUCCUAGAAUUCGAAGGGACCCCAAGCAUCAUCUAGACCAACCCCCUGCAGUGUGUGUGUGUGUGUGUGUGUGUGUGUGUGUGUGUCCUGUUCAGCCCCUGUGACACUUGUUCUUGGCUGUCUCUCCCUCCUUCCUAAGGCUGAAUACUCUGGGCUCUGUGUCUCUCUGUCUUUUCUGACAUUGCCUCUUUCCUUCCCUUCUUCUUCCAGCCGCGCUGAAUACAGACCCCACUGUGCUGGGUAAAUACCGGGCCGGAUUCAACGAGUGCAUGAACGAGGUGACCCGCUUCCUCUCCACCUGCGAGGGGGUGAACGCCGAGGUGCGAACCCGACUGCUCGGACACCUGGCCAGCUGCAUGAGCCAGAUCAACGCCAUGAACUAUCCCGCCCCUCAGCCGUCCUCCGCUGCACUGCCGAUGCCACCCCACCCCGCACCCCCCGGGGGCCAGCACGGCCCCUCUUUCGGGCAGCCCCUGGUGCAGAUCCCAGCAGGCGCGGUGCCCCCUGCGGCCAGCGUCGUGCCUUGCAAGCUGGGCAGCCCAGCUGGGGAAAGCACCAAGGUGUACGGAGGCUUUCAGCUGGUGCCAGCCUCCGACGGGCAGUUCGCCUUCCUCAUCCCCAGCACGGCCUUUGGGCCCCCGCACAGCAACGCCGUCAUCCCCCUCUAUGCCGACGGGGGCAUGGGGUCGGCGUUGCCCCCCGCUGCCUCGGUCUCUCCUGCGUCUGGCGCCCCAUCGCUUUCGGCAGAUUCGGUAUGGAGGCCUUGGUGAAAGCAGGCGAGGGGCUGGCGGCCCACCCACCCUUCGGCCUCCGGACUUUGGGUCAGGACUUGGAGUGCCCCCUACCCCUGUGGCCAGGGCUCUGGGUUCUCUUCCUCCGAGGGAGCCAGCGACCUUCUGGUUCUCUGGCUGUAAAUAGCUGUCUACCGUUCAUAUUGGAUUGUGCCUUCGUUUGUACCGUAGCAAAUGCUCUCCUCUCCCUUUUCUUUUCCAUGGCUUUUCACGUGGCCUGCACAAGUGUGCACAUGCUUGUGAGAGAGUCCACAUUUCAGAGUCCACCUCUUUCCCCCCCCCACCCUCUUUCUGGCUUUGUCUCUGCCCAACUCCUUUUAUUUUCAGUGACACCAAAGACCUGUUUGUUCUUAACAACGAGGAAAGCCUUUCCUUCCUUUUGGAAGUUAUUUGAUAAAAAUAAAAAAGACAUUUGGC